GGCAACAGUUACCAUGACAACAGUACACAAACGGAACAGCCCAGCCUGAAGAGCCUGAAGUUAAACAGUCUGUCUAUGCCAAAUGAAACACUGAGCCAGACGGCAGAAGUAACCUCAGAGAUGUCAUCACCACAUCCCAAAGGACCAGAAAUUUCUUCAUGCAGCAUUGUUGCUUCAGAGACUGAUAGUGCUGCCAAGUCACGUAAACCAGACAUGAGGAGGAGGAGGGAGAUUCGACCGAGCCCAUUCAAAGUGCCAGACGGUAACAGCAUUUUCCUGCUGAGUGUAAAUGAAAGAGAAGAACGAAAAGAGGAGAUGCGCAAAUUCCUGGCUUUGCCAAUUGGUGAGAAGACGACCCACGCUGCUCGAAUGACGGCCAAGCUGAGGAAAGAGCUGGGAGAACAAGUGGAAGAGGAGGAGGAGGAGGAAGAAAAGGAGAAGAUGAAGAAACAAAUAAAGAGUAGGAAAGUUCUCCCUAAACGAACACAUGGCAGACAUGAGCUGAAGAUGGCCAUGUUGAAACGAGAAAACGUUACAAAAGACAGCAAACAUGACUUGAUCUCUAUGGAACGACAGAAGGCAGUGUUGGAGUUAUCUGUGAUGACGAAGAGGUCGGAGAUUUUGAGGAUGGACAAGGCCAUCGCGAAAGAGGAGGGACAGCUGAGACAGCUCGAGAAGAUCAUUGAGAGAGACAACCUCAACUUUGAAGAGUUCCUCAGGGACAACGAGAAGAAGUCUGUGGAGGCCAGGACGUUUUUUGAAAAGGAGGCAAAGUCCAAGCAGGAGAAGAAUGCUGAGAUCAAGAAAGUGACUGCUGAAAUAGGGACCAUAAGAAGUGACCUCGAAAGGUUAGAAGAAACCCUGAUAGACUACAAGAGAUACAAGGAGCUGCUGUUCCAGUUGUCUCCUCCAUUGUGGCAGGAGGCCCAGAGGACCAAAGCUUUAAAAGCUAAAGUCCCGUCUGAUGCUCAGGACAAGCAGAACAGGGAGCUUGAGGAGUCUGCUAUUAGGAACGGUUUGGAGAGCAAGGAUUCCGGUCCAGGUCGAGAGCUGCCGUCCAUCAGAGAGACCAGGAUGUCCUCAGCCUACAGCGACACAUUGGUCACAACCUCUAAACUGGAUAAUGACAGCUCAGAAUAUGAGGAUGAGCCAGAGCUGUACUUCACUGAUCCUCAGCAGCUAAUGGAUCUGGUGACAGAGCUGACGGAGCAGAACUUGUCCCUCAUUCAGAACUCUACAAGGGUGGAGGAGACACUGGAAGAGCUCCAACAGUCCAUGGAGACAACCAGGAAGGAGAUUGAAAAGGAUGAAGAGCAGCUAACACUGCAGAUAAAUGACAUGAACCGGAGAAUCGACACAGAGAAGGCCAGAGGCGCCAAGGUCAGACAGAAAGUUCAGCUCCACGUCUCGCUGAACACAGAAGAUCAGGAUGUGAUGUUGGAUGCUCUGGGCGAGAAGAUGGUGGAGGUCCACCGCUGCUGCGUGGAUGACAGGAUCACCAACCUCAGCACCUUGGAGAAGCUGGCCAGCAUUGAGAACCGCAUGUCUUUACUGCUGCAGGACCUCGAGAGCAUUCCUGAAGAAAGCUUAGAGAUGAUGAAGAAGAUCAAGGACAGCGAGAGGAGGACCAGGCAGCGUGAGGAAAAGCAGAGAGAGCAGAGUGAGAAACAGCAGGAAAGGAUGAGGAGGUAUUUGGAGAGGUCUCUGGCUGACUCCAAGAAAACAAGCGGGAGAAAGCUAAUGCCCAGAUGCAAGCCUGUUCACCAGAAAGUCCGAGUCAGCCACGUGGACAACACCCCUGCUGAAGAUGAGAUGAAUUCCUACCUCUUCACCUAUGACGACAUGGAGUAAAAAAAUAAAAUAAAUAAUGUUUAAAAUGUUGGA